UCUGGAUGAGGACUGUAAAGAAACAAAAAAGACAAAAAUAGAGAGUAGCGGUGCGGUGAGGUGAGGGGUGUUGACGAGAAAGAAAGAAUGGAAAAUUCAAAGAAGAAAAGUCGUGUUGGUGUAAUGGUGUCAAAGAAACACAGCAACACGUAUUGAAGUGAACGGUGGUGAUUCGAUGAUACGAUGAAAGGAGAGACGGUGACUCUGCUGCUUGUGAACCUGGCGGGGAUCAUGGAGAGGGCCGACGAGUCCCUCCUCCCCGGCGUCUACAAGGAAGUCGGUGAGGCCCUCCACACAGCAUCGUCCAGUCCUCCUGCUACCCUCUCGCCGCCUACCUCUCCCUCCGCCACAACCGCGCCCACGUCAUCGCCAUCGGCGCUUUCCUCUGGGCCGCCGCCACCUUCCUCGUGGGCUUCUCCUCCACCUUCUUCCAGGUGGCUGUGUCACGAGGGCUUAAUGGGAUUGGCCUUGCACUCGUUACCCCUGCAAUUCAGUCUCUUGUUGCUGACUCCACUCAUGACACCAAUCGUGGCAUGGCUUUUGGAUGGCUUCAACUCACCGGCAACAUUGGUGCCAUUCUUGGUGGCCUCUUCUCCAUGUUGAUUGCUCCCUUAACCAUCAUGGGCAUCCCUGGUUGGAGAAUUUCCUUCCAUCUAGUUGGAUUCAUUAGUGUUCUAGUUGGUGUGCUAGUUUUCCUUUUCGCCAAGGAUCCACACUUCUCGGAUAAUGGUAGCCGUGAACUUGAACUUGAAGUUUCUGCGAAAAUGCGCCGGAAAGACGCUGCCGGUAGAACAUUCUGGUCGGAAGUGAAAAAUUUAUUUCAGGAAGCCAAGUCGGUUUCCAAGAUUUUGUCUUUUCAGAUCAUUGUUGCGCAGGGUGUCACCGGUUCAUUUCCCUGGUCAGCUUUGUCAUUUUCACCAAUGUGGCUUGAGCUUAGUGGAUUUUCCCACCAGAAAACUGCAUCUCUCAUAGGUUUGUUUGUGGUUUCUUCAUCCAUUGGGGGUUUGUUUGGAGGCAAGAUGGGGGACAUCCUUUCGAAACGGCUUCCAAACUCUGGAAGGAUAAUUCUGGCACAAAUAAGCUCUGCAUCCGCAAUCCCCCUUGCAGCAAUACUCUUGCUGGGGUUGCCACAAAAUCCAUCUACUAUUAUACCUCAUGGUUUGGUUCUGGUCAUUGUGGGGUUCUGCAUAUCUUGGAAUGCUCCAGCUGCAAACAAUCCAAUUUUUGCAGAGAUAGUUCCGGAGAGAUCUCGAACUAGUGUAUAUGCGUUGGAUCGAUCUUUUGAGUCUAUACUAUCAUCCUUUGCUCCUCCUGCGGUGGGGAUUUUGGCUCAACAUGUUUAUGGGUAUAAGCCUAUUCCUAAAGGUGCUACGGUAUCUCAAGAAAUUUUAACAGAUAGAGAGAAUGCUGCAUCACUGGCAAAGGCUUUAUAUACAGCAAUUGGAAUUCCAAUGGCGGUAUGCUGUUUCAUAUACUCGUUUCUCUAUCAUGCUUACCCAAGAGACAGGGAACGUGCUAGGAUGGAGGCUCUAAUAGAAUCGGAGUUGCAGGAAAUUGAAUCACCUAGUUUGCCCUUGGAUAGAGAGUUUGAGAAAGAAGGGUUGAAUGGUGAUUUUGAUCAUGAUGGUGAAGAUAACACAUUGCUCCAACGGAGGUUGACAUUCGCCGAUUGGACAAAUAGUUUUCGCAACUCUGCAGCCAGCUGAGGUUGCUAGGUUCAAGAGAGAUUGUAUAUCAGGUCUUUUGGGUGGCAUAGAAUUUCCAAAAAAGAGAUUGUAUAUUUUAGUAUAGGCCUUCCAUAGUUUUCUCUUCCCUUUUAGGGAAGGAAAUUCCCUUAUACACGAUUUGUUCAAAGUAUAGAUACUUGUAACAUCCAUUGAAUAGCAAAAUAUAUUCUCGUCCUUCCACUUAA